AUGCGACCGCCACGCCUUCUCCUUGUUCUUUUCUGCCUAAUCUUCUUCCCCAUCAUCCUCACCAUCUUUUCCGCGCUCUCUUCGUCGAAUGUAGCGACUCCCACUACGUUCGCUGGUCGGACGUCUGGGUUGCACGCCCUUUUUUCCUUCAACAUCCCCUCUUCGCUCUUUCCUCCGUCGGCUAUCAUCAGUCUCACCGAUGACAACUCCACCUUCUUCCUUGCUCGCCCUGCGGCAUUCGGCCCCCUGUUACCGGGCAAAGGCCUAAGCGGUCAACUCUGGGUGGGAAGUGGCUUUGGCGAAGGAGGACUGGCUGCCGGUGUUGAAGGUGAACUGGGUUGUUCCGAUAUUCCCGGCUGGGGCGAAGGCGCUGGUCACAAGAAGAAAGACUCUCCUUUCAGAGUCACGGAGCAGAAAUCCGGCAACUCUGGAAGUGGUACAGUGAACGAGGGUGCAGUGUCACAGAACUGGCCCCGGUUGCCAUCGCAGGCCGAGGCCACCUGGCAGAGCGAUCGAAGUGACGCCACGGUCCCCCCCUCAUCGAACGAUGGCACUGACGAUCAUCUCCACCAUCCAUUGCCGGAGUCUAGUGUUUCAGAUACUGGUGCGAACCAGAAAAACGGAGACUACGUGCAGGUCAAGCAAUCUACACAUGCGGAUAUACAAUCGUUGCAGGAGACCGCUGAAAUCCAGGGCAAGGUUGUACUGCUGAGCCGCGGUGGCUGUGGAUUUCUCGAGAAAGUCAAAUGGGCCCAGCGCCGGGGUGCUGUCGCGUUGAUCGUUGGUGACGAUACCCGAGGCGGCAACUUGGUUACGAUGUAUGCAAGGGGCGACACCUCGAAUGUCACGAUCCCGUCCCUGUUCACAUCCCAUACCACUGCCCACUUGCUUUCAUCAUUGAUCCCCGCUCACUCUGGAUCAACAUCCAGUCUGGGUGAGGCGUUAAAAGCUUUUCAAGCGAAAAUUGCAGGUCACCCCGACGUGGACGCGCAAAGAAAGCAAACUACGACCGCAACUGCCGCAUCUACGCCAACGUCGACUAGUUCUUCUACGUCACAGGCAAGACCUGCGGGGACUUCGAACUCGAGUGGUGGGUUCCUGCGUGCUAUCGGUUCGCUCCUGGGGCUUUGCAACAGGAGUGGGGGCUCAAGAAAUCCAGAAGACAGCCGACGUCCUCCCAGUAGUGGAAACAUUGACUGGAUGGUUCUAGGCUCCUGGGGCUCCACUGGGACCCGCUCUGACUCGCCAACAGGCCUGACGAGCUCCAACAGCCGCAGCCGAGCCAAGGUCGAUGAGAAUCUAGGACUGGAGAGAUCCAGAUCUCAUGCUACCCCGGAGCAACACACUCCCGAUACCCAGUACUUCCACAACAGGGAAGGACGGUUUGAAAACCCCGCUCUCGAGACAGAGGCGUCUUCUACUCCAAACGUCCUUCGAGGCGGUAGCAUCACCCCCGGCAGUGGGGAAUAUCAAAGUAUUGAUAAGUCAACCGGGAAUGUUCGUGAGGCAACCGUGAAGGAGUCUGCAACAGAUGCCAAAACAGCCCAGAAGGAAUCCGACAAGGGCUGGUUCGCGAGCCACUUUGGCUGGGGUGAUAGCCCCAAGCAAGAUGUCAGUGAUGCUCUACCAUCUUCCUCCCCUUCUGUCCAGAGUGUGGCGGCAUCCCAAAAGAUCCAAGACCUGGCUCCCUCCUCGAGCCCUGCGGCCACCAUGCUCUCGGAGCAUCAAGGUCUCUGGGUUACUUUGACACCUACUAGCAUGUCAACGAGCCCCUUCUUUGAUACACUUCUGGUACUCGUGGUUAGCCCACUGUUGACUCUCACGGUGGUCUACGCUCUCUUGCUACUCCGAUCUCGCAUUCGGCGUCGCCGUUGGCGUGCUCCAAAAUCUGUGGUUGAGCGUCUUCCUGUGCGAACUUAUCACACAAUCUCCAGCAGUUCUUCAUCAUCUACUAGCUCUCCCCGACCAUCUAGCCCAGGAACGGUUUCACAAACCUCUCCACUUCUUGGUAGUGGUAGUCGCUCGGGCACCUCUCGACCAACUCGUUCGAGGUCGCAAACAUUUUCUGGAACCACGAGAGAUUCGGGUUCCAGCAAAGGAGAGAAGUCCACUCCUUUACAGUCUGGCUCAACUUUGUGGCGCCGCAAAUACACAGGAAGACAAGUGGAAUGUGUCGUUUGCCUUGAGGAAUAUAUUGACGGACAAAGCCGGGUGAUGAGCUUGCCUUGUGGUCACGAAUUCCACGCAGAAUGCAUCACCCCCUGGCUGACAACCCGCCGCCGAACUUGUCCCAUUUGCAAGGGUGAUGUCGUUCGUUCGAUGGCGCAUUACCAUUGUGAUGAUUCUCGCCAUCCAGAUGAACAAUCCAACAACAUCCCUCCCCAGGAGUUGGAUCCAGGGGCCGAUGCACCCUCCACUCCUCUUCUCAUUGCUGGCGUGAAUGGUGACUCAGAUACCGAGCAGAAUGCUGGCCUUGAUGGUCAUGCGAGCUCCGCGCCACAGUCAAGUUGGAGAAACCUGGCUUCCCUCAGCUUUUCUGCCCUCAGUGGUGACACUAUCUGGCACCAGACUCGUGCAGACCGGAAUCGUUGA